CCAUUGGAACAACAGAAUGGAGGAAGAAGGGAGCUUCACCAUAUCUAUUUGAACCAAAACCACCAGAGGCUCUGGUGGAAGGGUCUCUGCAUUGGGCUCUUCCAAGCCUGGGCUACCCCUGCAUCAUCUCCUUUGAGUUGGUUGAGGAAGCUUCUCAGAAAAUCCCACUGCCUUGUACUAGAUUUUACUUUACAUGUUAUAAUCUUUGUGUGCUUAAUUGGUGUCUACCCGUUGCUGGAUUCAUCCAAGGCAGCCAAUUGGACAUCUGGGUGAUGAAGGAAUACAAUGUGAAGGAAUCUUGGGUGAAAGAAUUCUGUAGUACAACAAAUUAUGUUCCUUUGUGCUUCUAUGAUGAGCAGAAUAAUGCUCCUCUAGGAAUGUUAAUUCAAGAUCUUGCUUCGAGCUGGGUGGGAAGAUGCAUGCGUAAGGUUUUAUGUGUCUUGAAGAACGGUGAGAUUGUGUUGGAGUGUAACAAGAAAGCUCUGGUUUCUUAUGAUCCUAAAACUAACAGGUUCAAGGCUCUAAAGAUCAACCGUUUGCCGCAGCAGUUCCAAACCUUUGUUUUCCAACCUACACUGUUCUCAGCAAAGGAAACCGUUGAAUUGAAAUGAAGCUUUAACCUUCACUACUCGUAUAUAAUUUCCUCUGUUUAAGUGAGGCUUCUGUUGGAUAUUAAUAUAGUCGAAGAUGGAUUAGAGGCUGCAGGCAGGAAUGCAGUUGAAGUUGUCACUCGAGGCAAGCAGAAUACUGGAUUAAUUUCAGGUUUUCCACUACAAUAUUGUUCUUCUGCUAGAUGAAGUAAUUGUCAUAUAACUAUUUAUAGUUGGAUAUUGACUAUUUUCUAUAUUUGAACUACUAGUUCUAGGCCUCAUUGAUAGAAUAAUGUCAAAAAAUUGUU